AUGGACACGCUCGCUAUCUAUCAAAACCAUCGGACAUUGCUCCUGGUCGUCGUACUGCCUCUGAUCGCUAUCGUUGCUGUCUUUCUUCGACGAGAUCGGAGGCUGGACAAUGUUCCAGGACCAAAACUUAACCCACUGAUCGGACUCGGUUUCAAGCUCCCGCCAAACGCGACUACACUCUUCCGGGAGUGGGCGGAUGAGUAUGGCGAGAUCUUCAAAGUUCGACUGGGCUGGUAAGUCAUAUCUAGACGGCAGUCGUGGAGUUGUCUUGAGGUUGGUGCUUUGGUGCUCGCCGGAGCACUCGUUUCUGCAAUGGAGCCGGACCACAUCAUCUCUGAAGUCCUUCCACUAGCAAAAGACAGACACUGACUUCUCGCCUUCGCUCUACAGGUACAACUGGGUAGUAAUCAACUCGCCCGAGGCGGUACGAGAGCUGCUGGAGAAGCAAGCAGUGGCCACCUCUUCAAAGGCUCCCUCACCACUCGGUCACGAUGUCGUGACUGGCGGCAUGCGUAUGCCAACGAUGGAAUAUGGACCUCGCUGGAAAGCACAAAGAAGCGUGGUGCGGCAGAUUACUUCCGUCCCAAUGACGAACACAUUUGUUCCGAGCCAAGAAUUCGAGAUGAAGCAGCUGCUGCAUGAUCUGGCGACCGACAACGAAAACAUGAAGAGCUUUUACAUGCACAUGCGCCGAUUCGCAUUCAGCAUUAUCCUGACCAACACCUUCGGCACACGAGUCAAGCAUAUCGAUCAUCCGGACGUCCACAAUGCCAUGCGAAGUCAGGCAAUCCUUCGCAAGACGCUCCCUCCCUAUUUCAUCGUGGACGAGCUACCGCCGCUCCAGAAACUCCCAGAAUGGCUCCAACCUGGUCGCAAGGAAGCAGAAGAAUGUGCGAAAGAAGUACUCAAAAUCAAAAUGAACCUAUGGCGCCGACUGGAGCGGCAACACGAAGCUGGGAAGGCUCCCGCUUGCUACGGUCGUGAGAUCCUAGAGAGCAAAGACCACUGGUAUAAGCAAGGCUUGACAGACGUCGACCUCGCAUGGGUCGCUGGUGGAUUGGUGGAAGCCGGCUUCGAGACUAGUGCUGCUACCUUGAACAGUCUGAUCCUGCAUCUCGCAGCCUACCCUCGCGUACAGGCUGCUGCCCAAAAAGAGCUAAUGAGAGUUGUUGGGCCGGAUAGGUGCCCUAUGUUUGAAGAUAUCCAGAAUCUUCCAUACGUUCGCGCAUGCGUAAAGGAGAUGCUGCGCAUGAAUCCCAUCCUGCAACCUGGAAUACGCCACUAUACAGAUCAAGACGUCGUCUACAAGGUACGUUACCAAGGCGGAGAAACGAGUCACACAGCCUCUCCAGUCUGAAAACUCUCACGCGCCUAUCGUCUGCGUAUCUCGCGAGACUGGUGUAAAACAUAGACUAAUCUGUCGUCCUUCGGUGCAGAAUCAUGUAAUCCCCAAAGGGACAGUCUUGCUGGCCAACACGGCUUUCCUGCACUACGAUCCAAGUCGAUUCGAGAAUCCUUACGAGUUCAUGCCAGAACGCUACCUGAAUCACGACAAAUACUCCAGCGAAUACGCAGCUAUGGGUGAUCCCUACAAGCGAGAUCACUUCACAUUUAAUAUCGGCCGGAGAACCUGCCCCGGCGCUCGAGUAGCCGAGAACAGUCUCGACAUUGCUUUGGCGGGCAUCCUCUGGGCGUUUGAGAUCAAGCCGCCAAAAGAUGAUGACAAGAUCGAUCUGUCUCCUUCUGCUUAUCCUAAUCCGGGUUUCACAACGCCUGGGCCAUUCUCGGUGCGAUUCAUUCCCUGGGACGACAAGCGGUUGAGCAUUGUGAAGGAACAAUGGGAAACGGCCCGCAAGGAGGGUUACGAACUGCGUGGCGUGCCCGUUGAUGUGGAUGGUAUGGUACAAUACUGA